AUGCAGUCGGUCGACCCAACCACACGUCAACCACUCAUCACCAGCUGUCAAUCUCUGUCACGCAAGGCUGGCGGAUCAGCACCCGGUCCCACUGGCCGUGCACAGAACAAUAGCAAGCGAGCUCUAUUCAUUACCCUUUUGGGAUCCACCGGGCACCUCCCAUUGACGGUGUCGCCGACCUCCCACUCCGAGCCGUCGACAACCCAACACAUGUCUGCCAAUCUGCCAAUGGCAUGCAGAGGUACGCGCCUGACUGCGACAUGGCGCUCAAGAGCCCUGUUUUCGGUGUUGCUACCCGUCGUGGGUCGUGGCGUAUUGGGUAAAAUACUUUCGGGAUCUCGGUCCUGGUCUCCUCCUGUUGACCGCCGUUGGCCCUGGGAACUUGCCUGGGAACUCGUCUUUGACCACUCCUCCGAGGAGGACCGGCUUGCUGCAGCCACCACGACUAUGGCACUCUGCCCAUAA